AUGGAUGCCAGCAUCCCAGGCAUGGGCCUGUUAUACUUUUCAAUGACAGGAAAUGAGGAUGAAGGAGCAAAUCCGACGCCACCACCAGGCUCCAAACGACGGCGACUGCGUGGGGCUUGUGCUGAGUGUCGACAGAGAAAGACUCGGUGUGAUAGAGCAAAACAGCCGGGAAACAUCUGCUCUAAUUGCAUCGCGUUCAACUGCCCAUGUACCGAUCCUCGCACCGAAAGUACCCAUGAACCGUCCGCGAAACCCUUCUCCUCGAAAGCUACAACGAAUUCCCCUCCCUAUGGUGGAAAAACGGCUGCGGAGCAUGUCGAAACCAUUGUGGUGCAGUCGACGGCCUAUAUCGAUGCGCGAGACCUCCGUAUGGUUCUGCUCGAUAUUGCACAAUACUCGCGCACCAUUGAAGAGGAGCUCAAGUCAUGUCGGGCCAAACUCGCCGCCUGUCGAGCAGGUUUAACCCCCAACACUGAUUCUGCAUCCCCGCCGAAUACGACUGACUUCUCAAGCGACACCACGGCCGUGUCGCCGGAGACCCCAGAACAAGAUGCAGAAGAGGACUCUGAUGCUCUAGUUGAGGAUUUUCACGGGAUGAAGCUCGCAGAUGGUGGUCGCUCCCGUUAUUUUGGAGAAUCGAGCGGACAGCAUCUAUUUCGCACCGCCGAAGUAUAUAAAAUUCAGCAUGAGGGCCACACUGGUAGCCCGACUCAAAUUCGUCGUCCUGAAUACUGGAGUAGCCCGUGGGAGAAAGUUCCGGCUGCCCGUCAACUCGUGUAUACAUUUCCGCCUCAGGAUCUCAUGGACAGCCUGGUGUCGAUUUACUUUCGACAUUGGAAUAUUUUCAUCCCGUUACUCCACCGACCAACCUUUGAACGUGGAAUCGCCUCCGGCCUGCACUUGUCUGAUCAUGGGUUUGGGGCCCUAGUUUUGGGAGUCUGUGCUUUAGGGGCGAGGUUGUCUGACGACCCACGAGUCAUCUUCCCUGGGACCAACACGUCUCUUAGCGCCGGCUGGGAAUGGUUGCAACAGAUACGAUACGAGGAAGACCCCGACUCUUACUUCGCCAUGUCCUUAUAUGGCCUGCAACGCAAUAUCUUGUUGACGCUGUACUUGCAAAGCAGCAACUCUCCUAAACAAUGUUGGACGCUCGGAGGAAUGUCAUUAAAGAACCUCCAAGAUCUUGGCCGUCAUCGAGAGAAACGCUAUUCGGAUCCGCCAACCGUGGAAGACGAACUGUACAGACGGGUAUUUUGGGCAUUCAUCUUUGGUGAUAUGUACAUGAGUGCCUUCUUGGGACGGCCUCGUGGAACCUCAGAAGACGAGCAUGAUGUUGACUACCCAACUGAUUGCGAUGACGAAUAUUGGGAGGACCCCGACCCUUCUAAGCGAUUCCAGCAGCCCGAGGGAAAACCUUCCCAAGUUGCCUUCUUUGUUUCGUGUCUAAAACUUACAACAAUUCUUGGACGCGCACAAAAGACAAUCUACUCCCUGAAACGGAACGAACGCGGUGCGGGAUGGAGCCAAUCGACCGUAGCCGAAUUGGAUUCGGCCCUUAAUAAAUGGCUGGAUUCGAUACCGGACCAUCUCAAAUGGGAUCCGCAUCGAGAAAACUCCAUUUUUUCAGCGCAGUCAGCAGCAUUAUAUGCUUCGUAUUAUCACGUUCAAAUCCAGAUUCACCGAAGCUUUAUUCCAUCCCCGUCCAACGACAAGCCGCUUUUCUCGUCCUUCCCUUCCUUGGCCAUUUGUUCAAACGCUGCGCGUGCGUGUAGCCAUGUUAUGGAGGUUCAAGCAAAGCUUGGAGUUCUCCUGUUUCUCCCUCAGGCUCUGUCGUCUCUCAUGGACUCUGCCCUCGUCCUCCUCGUAAACGUCUGGGGCGCUCGGCAAGCGGGCUCUUCACCUGAUCCGCAAAGGGCAGCCGCUGAUAUUCGAAGAUGUAUUAACUGCAUCGCCAUGUAUGAAUCUCGUCUCCAACUUGCAGGUCGUUUUUGCGACCUUCUGGCGACGAUUUCGAGUCAAGUCUUGGUAAAUCCGUCACCGCCUGCAACACAGGUUGCACAUCCGCGCAAACGGCCUCGGGACCCUGACUUCGAGUGCCAAAUACCCGCCUCCCAACCACCGCUUGAUUUCCCUCAGGACCAGCAAUUGUCCGUCGAAGAGCUUAUCUCACAGUACCCUUUCGAGGACUUCUUGCAAGCAGAACCUGGCGCCGGGACGGCACCAAACAUGGAAUUGACGGAUGUGUAUCCAUACUCGAUGCCGAUCUCCACCGAAGAACUCGGUCAUUUACCACUUUACUCUUCAUUUGACCAAGCUUGGACGGCCGACCCUUCGCUUCCUGCUAUGGGCGACAUCGGGCUGAUGUUCAGCUUCGCGGAUGCGGAGUCGGCACAGGAAAUGGCGGCGGCGGCACGGUACAGUGCGGCCUCAAUACCGCCUUCAAAUUUCUUGCCUCAGCAACCGUUUCUCGCUCGUCCCCAUGAUCAAUUGGCUGGCAUGCCCCACAUUGACCCCGAUCCACACAACCCCUCAAGUUGGAUGAAUUAA